ACUUCCUAUUGGCUUAAACCCAUGUCCAAGCAGUCUUCUCUGGUGGAUAUCCCACAAUAAUACUACAGAACUUUCUGAAGUAUGGUUUAUACACCACUCAUGAACCUCAGUGAAUUGCUCAUCUGCCCAGAACCCAUUCUUAGAGACCAGUUUUCUAAGGAUGGCUAGGGCCAUAGGACCCCACAUUUUCAAUUUCACAGGUGAGUCUGAUACAUACAGUCUGAGACCAUCACUUUAGAACAGGAAUUGAUGCAUUACACACCACAGACUACAUCUGGACUGCUGUCUGUCUUUUGAUGUGUGUGUGUGGUGCAUUGGGAUGUAUGCCCCUGGACACACAAGUGGAGGUUAGAGUGAGGCUGAGUAUCUUUUAUCCCUCUCCACCUUACUUUUUGAGACAGGAUCUCUCAUUCAACCUGAAGCUUGUGGUUUCAUCUAGGCUGACUAGUCUGCAAACCUCCAGGGAUCUACCCAGCUUGGUCCCCCAAUGAUAAGGUUACAGGCACUUAUGUCUAUUGCCUGACUUUUAGAUGGUUCUAUGGGAUUUGAACUUAGGUCUUAUUCAUUCACAUCAAGCACCUUUAUCCACUGAACCAUCUCUUUAGCCUCUGCUUUCUGUUUUUGUAACUAAAGUUUUUACUGGAAUGUUGCGAUACUCACCAAUACUCACUUAUUCAUAGCUGUCUUCAUACUGCAACAGCAGAGUUGAAUAUCAUUAUAGCACACACCAUAUGGCCCAUCAAAUCUAAAUUAUCUGUUACCUGGCCUUCUGUGGACACAGUGUGCUGAUCCCUGCUCUAAAGCAAAGUUGAGCAUUUGAAAAUCUAUUAUAAUGUUGACAAUUUCUGUAAAACAGUAAUAGACAGGGUUUAGAUUUAAAGAUACUAAAGCCUUUAACUUUUUAAAAUGAUAUUUAUUUAUGGGGUGUGGGCACAUGCCAUGGCACACAUGUGGAAGCCAAAGGACAACUUGUGCAGGAGUGAGUUCUCUCCUACCAUGCGAAUUCCAGGAUUGAACUCUGGUGGUCCUGCCUGGAGGUAAGGCCAGCACCUCUACCCACAGAGCCUUCUCACACUUAACUCCUGUCUUCAAAACUUAGGUUUGGAGAGCUGUUUCUUGUAUAGUCCAUGCUUUCUCAGAAGUCGUUAGCCAAUCAGAAAUCUCUCCUGAGCAGUUGAUAGCAUGUAUUUUAUUAGUCUUACAAGUAAUAGCAACAUGAAGCAAAGCUUAUGUUUUCUAUGAUCUGUGUAUCUCAGUGUUUUUAAUAAUCUAACAAAUUAGAAGACAGUAAUCAAUUUGAUUCCAAAGAGCACACUUACCUUUUACUAAGGAUUAAAGCACUGGUAACUUGGCUGAAGUUGAACAAGGCUGACCACUUCCUCCCCUGGCUAGCCAUUUGUAGGGAAAUGAGCACGUGGUGCUGAUAGUAUAUUUUUACUUUACAAGACUAUGCUGAUUUCCUGUUUCCCUAGACAAAUAGCAAUACGUUAAUAAUCCGGAAAUGAAGUUUCUUGUUACUCUUUAGUAGAGGUUAGCUCUUCUGCUAGUAUUUAAGAUGUUUGAUAUUCUCCUUUGACCCUUACGUUACUACAGAUUCCAGAUGAUGAACUUUAUGGUAUUUUUUUACCCCUUAGGCAGAAUUCAUUCAGACUGCCUGAUUUUAACAAUUUGGAUUCACUAUAGGUUAAUGAUGUGACAUUGGGCAAGUGACCUAAUUCCUCUGUGCUUUGAUUUCCACUUCUAUAAAAUAGAUCAUUAGGAGCCACAAGGUUGUUGAAAAAAUAAAUGAAACAAUAUACUUUGAAAAGAGCUUAACCUACUGCCUGCGAUAUUUUAAGAGCUGUGUACAAUUUAAAACUCCUGUGGGUUGGAAUUAGUUCCUAAGGUUCUAACUUGAUAUUUUUUCUUAAGUUUGUCCCUUACAGAUGCAAAUCAGUACAUGGAGAAAAAGGGAAUUCCUAAAUAUUAUUUAUGCCCAUUCUUCCUAAGUACAUAUCCAUGAACUCUGGCCUUGAACUCCCUGUGUAGCCCAGGCUGGCCUGGAACUCAUGAUCCUUCUGCUUCAGUCUCCUCGGUGUUCUAAGCACAGGGAUUUACCACUAUAGCCAGCUUCUGAACUUUUUCCUAGAAACUUUUAUUUCUAGUGCUUUUGUGAUUCUUAUCACGAAUACUCAAGUCAUAGCUAUCUCUGUGUUUAUCACCCCUAGUUGAAAGAAUUCUUAACUUCUGUAGCUGUUGUACCUGUCCCUAGCAUCCCUUUACAUUCUUUUGCAUCUAUAAGGAGAGUAUAAAUAUUUAUCGAAUGAAUAAGUGAUUGACAUGAGACUUCACAUUCAAACACCUUUAAACCAAGCUACAUGAAGAACACUUAUCUCUUUUUUUUUUUUUUAAGAAAGAAGGGUAAAUUGCUUCAACUACAAGAACUUACCAGCUGACCUUUGCCUACCAGUAUUCUGAAACCAAAGGUAAACCAGACUCUGUGGAGUCUGUGGGGGAAGGUAACUAACUGAAAGUCUGUGGGGGAAGGUUACCGACUGAAAGUCUGCAGUAGUAACUGAAGAGCUUGAUGAAGUCCCAGAAUGCUGUAGAAACAAGAAACAGAUUAAGGGAUUGUCCCACCAUGGAUGAUGUGAAAACAUGACAAGUCAGACACCGUCAUCUGAGGGACUCUAGAAGGUUCUUCUGCGUCUGUUUAUCAGUCACUCUGUCCCUGAGGUCAAAAGGUUGUCUUUGUGUCUACCAGUGGCCUCUUUGAGCUGGACUCCGAACUCUAGGAGGGGCCUGGCUCCCUCUUCAACAGUAGCCCUGCUGCCUGGGCAGAGGCUCUCAGUGAGGAACUCCCUGUUUGCCUGGUUCCCAGGGCCUCCGUGUAGGGAAGGCCCAUCUUCUGGCACAGUGAAAAUGCAUGCCCAGAAAGCAGAAGUAUAGACUGUGCCAGGCAACAGAACUGAGGCACUGGUGCCCUAGAGACCCACGUCAGAGUGGAUUUCUCACCACAUCAUAGAACAUACUUUAUCACCCAGACUUGCAGGUAUACUCAAAACCAUGUUAAACACUGAGUUUCUCAAAUGCAUAGAAGACAGUGUCUUUGCCUUUGAUAAUUUAGAAGUACAGGGCAUGUCGUCUUAUGUGUUCUCUUUGGAAUAAACUCUCAAACUUAGGAAUAAGAAAUAUGAAGAAACUUAGAAAAUUUAUGAAGCUGAAUGUAAUUCUAUUACAGGGACUCAGAAGACAGUGGGGAAAUGGUGCAGGAAAGAGUCCUGACAGAAAGAGUGACUGUCAAUGGAGUUUCUGUGUUGUCUUCCUUUGAAUUCAAGAAGGAGGGGGCCAUAGUGAGCUGCAACUCUUCCCUUUCUUCAGGGGCUCACCUACGAACCCCAGGCCUCAUUCUUGAUGGUUUUCACUGCACCUAGCGGUAGCGAUAGCUGUCGCCCAGACCUUUCUGCUCACGGGGGAUGUGGCAAGGCUGAACUCACCUUUACGUUAGAGCUGUGCUUCUGCCUUUUCCCUGGGAAGCAACAAGAGAGACUCUUGUUCUGCGGCAUGGACCAGAGAGAAAUUCUGCAGCAGUUACUGAGUGAGGCCCAGAAAAAGAAAAUUAACAAGGAGGAGUUUGCCAAUGAAUUUCUGAAGCUGAAAAGGCAAUCUACUAAGUACAAGGCAGACAAAACCUACCCUACAACAGUGGCCCAGAAGCCCAAGAAUAUCAAGAAAAACAGAUACAAGGAUAUUUUGCCCUAUGACCAUAGCCUGGUAGAGCUGAACCUGAUAACUUCUGAUGAGGAUUCCAGCUAUAUCAAUGCCAGCUUUAUUAAGGGUGUCUACGGACCCAGGGCUUAUAUUGCCACCCAGGGUCCUUUAUCUACAACUGUCCUGGACUUUUGGAGGAUGAUUUGGGAAUAUCGUGUCUUGGUCAUUGUCAUGGCGUGUAUGGAGUUUGAAAUGGGAAAGAAAAAGUGUGAACGCUAUUGGGCUGAGCCAGGAGAGACACAGCUGCAGUUUGGCCCUUUUUCUAUAUUCUGUGAAGCUGAGAAAAAGAAAUCUGAUUAUAUAAUAAGGACUCUGAAAGCCAAGUUCAAUAAUAAAACUAGAAUUAUUUACCAGUUUCAUUAUAAGAAUUGGCCAGACCAUGAUGUGCCUUCAUCUAUAGACCCCAUCCUUGAGCUCAUCUGGGAUAUACGUUGUUACCAAGAAGACGACUGUGUUCCCAUAUGUGUUCAUUGCAGUGCCGGCUGCGGGAGGACCGGUGUCAUCUGUGCUGUUGAUUACACACGGAUGCUGCUGAAAGAUGGGAUAGUUCCUGAGAACUUCAGCAUUUUUAGUUUGAUCCAGGAAAUGCGAACACAGAGGCCUUCACUAGUUCAAACUCAGGAACAAUACGAACUGGUCUAUAGUGCUGUGUUAGAACUAUUUAAGAGGCAUAUGGAUAUUAUUGGAGAUGAACACUCUGGAAGAGAGAUUGAAGCAGAAUUUUCAAUUCCUGAACAAAAUCUCACUGUACAAGCUGACUCCUGUCCUCCGGACUUACCAAAAAACGCCAUGAAAGAUGUACAAACGACGGAGCAACCGAGCAAACAAAGGAUGGAGGCGGCCAGCGCAGAUGCGUCUUCCUUCGACAGGACUUCUGAAACAAGUGCCAAGGAAGAGUUCGUUUUGCGUUCGGCUAAAUCAAGCCCUUCUUUUGAGUUUUUAGAGCUAAACUGUGGGUGUAACAACAAGGUUGUCAUAACCAGGGAAGGGCAGGCAAAGGCCUCUCCAGUCGUGGGAGAGCCCCUUCAGAAAUACCAGAGUCUGGAUUUCAGUUCCAUUUUGCACGGGUCAUGUCCUGGUGCUCCGCCUAGCACCACAGCAGGCAGGUGCAGCAAUUCAAAGGGGCCGGUGAUACGGACCAAAUCAACUCCCUUUGAGUGGAUUCCGCAGAGAAAAACAAGCGAGUUGGACAUGGAAGACGGUUCUUCCUUCUUGGAAUCUCAACUGCAUGCGCCUUGUCUCAUGGAGCUGCAGGCGCAAAGUGUGGUCCAUGUUUCUUCCGAGGAACUGAAUUAUUCACUGCCACGUGCCUCUGAGCACUCAACAUGCGAUGCCCCUUGUGUACUGCAGCAAGGCUCCAACACUUUUAGGGUGCAUUCUUGCACGUCUUUAGUAGAAGAUACCUAUUUUCCAUCGUCACCCCCAAAUAGUGCUGAUUCUAAGAUGUCUUUUGAUCUGCCUGAGAAGCAAGAUGGAGCCAUUUGUCCUUGUGCUGUGCUGCCAGCCUCUUCUACAACCUCCCUUUCCUACUGCAACUCCCGCAAUUCUUUAGUGGCAAGCCCUGGGACCAGUUUUCCCCCACCGUUAAACCAAGAGGCAGCUACAGAAGUGACUUCUCCGAGGAUAGAUGACGAAAUUCCCCCUCCGCUCCCUGAACGGACACCCGAGUCUUUUAUUGUGGCUGAGGAAGCUGAUCUACAUCAGGAUGGUUCCCCUCCACCUCCACUCCCAGAAAGAACUCCAGAGUCCUUCCUUCUUGCUGAUGAAGACUGUUUACAGGCCCAAUCCAUAGAAUCUUACUCUACUAGCUAUCCUGAAACCAUGGAGAACUCAACAUCUUCUAAACAAACAUUGAAGACCCCUGGAAAAAGUUUCACAAGGAGUAAAAGUUUAAAGAUUUUCCGAAAUAUGAAAAAAAGUGUUUGCAAUUCUUCCCCACCAAGCAAGCCUGCAGAAUGUGUUCAGCCAAAAAAUUCCAGCUCCUUUCUGAAUUUUGGUUUUGGAAAUCGUUUUUCAAAACCCAAAGGACCAAGGAAUCCACCAUCAACUUGGAAUUUAUAAGAACACUGGCUGCAGAUGUGCCUGUAAAUAAAACUACUAGAAUACUGCUAUAAUAAUAAUAAUAAUAUCAGUAAUGAUGUAUAUUGUGUCAAUAGCUUUCAAAAGGAAAGCUAUCUGUGAAAAACUUCAACAAUCUUGUAUUUUCAUAUUCUUUACAUUUAGUUGGGAAUUACCAAUAAAGUUUGUAACUUGAGUUUAUGUUUCAAAAUGGAUUUAUUUUUCAUUUUUGGAAGUUAUUCUAUUUUACUUUUUAUAAUUUAUUUUCAUUUCAUGUACAUUUGUGUUUUGUCUGCAUGUAUGUCUGUGUGAAGAUGUCAGAUCCCCUGAAAUUGGAUUACAGGCAGUUGUGAGUUGCCAUGUGGCAGCUGGGAAUUGAACUUGGGUUCUUUAGAAGAGAGAACUGCUGAGCCAUCUCUCCAUCCCCGAUAUUUUACUUUCUCUGUAAAUGUGAAUUUUUGUUUUGAGAUGCUGAGCCAUCUCUCCAGCCCCGAUAUUUUACUUUCUCUGUAAAUGUGAAUUUUUGUUUUGAGAUGAUGUCUUUCUAUGUUAGUCUUGAACCUUUAAAGUGGUUCUCCUGCCAUGGCCUCUGGCGGGCUGGGAUUAAAGGCACACAAUCAAACCCAGCACAAAUGCUCAUUUUAAUAGGCCUGUGAGAAUUUGAUCUUAUACCAUGAUAAAUGAAGACACCAUGGGAAUAGGAAGAAGCCGAGUGCUAGAGAGGUCCCCAGGAAUCCACAAAGACUAUAGACUACUGGCAAUGGUCAAGAGGGUACCUGAGUUGACCUACUCUGGUGAUUGGAUGGCCGAACACCCUAACUGUCAUGAUAGAACCCUCAUCCAGUGACUGAUGGAAGCAGAUGCAGAGAUCCAGGGCCAAGCCUCAGGCAGAGCUCCAGGAGUCCAAUCGAUGAGAGAGAGAGAGAGAGAGAGAGAGAGAGAGAGAGAAAGAUAUUAUAUGAGCAAGAGAUAUCAAGACCAUGAUUGGAAAAAGCACUGGGACAAAUAGCCAAACUAGUGGAAACACAUGAACUAUGAACCAAUAGCUGAGGAGCCCCCAUGGUACUAGACUAGGCCCUCUGGAUAAGUGAGACAGUUGUUUAGCUUGAACUGUUUAGGGGGCCCUAGGCAGUGAGACUGGGACCUGUCCUUGGUGCAUGAGUUGGCUUUUUGGAACCUAGUGCUUAUGCUGAGACACUUUGCUCAGCCUUGGUGUAAGGAGGAGGGGACUGGACCUGCCUUGGCUGGAAUAUACCAGGCUGGGCUGACUCCCCAGGGGAGACCUUAUCUUGGAGGAGGUGGGAAUGCGGGGUGGAUUGGGGGUGGAAGCUGGGGGGUGGGAGGAGGGAGGACAGGGGAAUCUGUGGUUGGUAUGUAAAACGAAUAGAAAAUGUCUUAAUAAAAAAAAUAAAAAAGGAUUAGAUCGUAACUAAAUUUCUCUUUAAAAUAUUUUUAUGUGUAGAAAUGUUUUUGCCUGCAUGUAUGGAGAUAUACCACAUACGUGUAGUGCACAUUGAGGCCAGAAGAGGGAGUUGGAUCCCCUUGAAUUGGAAUUACUGGCUGUGAGUUGCUGUGUGGGUUCUGAGAAUUGAACCAGGGUCCUCCGCAAAGCAGUAGCGCUCUUAACUAUCUGAGCCAUCUCUCCACCCCUUCAACUAAAUUUCUACAUUGCCUUAAUAUUAAACUUUUUUUUCUUUAAUAGACAAGGUCUUGCUAUGAAGCCCCAGGCUGGCCUCAAACUAAUGAUCCUCCUACUUCAACCUGCAGAAUGCUGGCAUUACAGGUGUUAAAAGGUUUUAUUUAAAAAAAAAAAAAAGAAAAGAAAAACAAAACAAAAAAACCCAUUGCCUGUGUUUGCAGUACAAAAUUAACUGGUUGUGGUAAUGACUGUUCCCAGGAUGUUAUUUUUGUCAAAAUGGAGUAUACCUCCCCUGUCUUCCCAAAUGUGUAGACUAGAAGGAAAAGAAAUAUUAAAGAGAAUGAUGUGCAAACAAUGGCAGUGAUCAUUUUUAUAUUGCUAUAACAAUGUCCAACUAGUAAUUUUAACCAGUUAUUCAUUUAC